CAGCGCUGGUUUCCAGGGAGUGGCACCUGCACCUGUCCGACCUGUUUUGGGGACACAUGACUCCGGAGGAAUUUCCCCCGCUGCUCCCGACCAUUGUUCAACGGACUCUUUUUCGUGGGCGACAGAGAGAGAGAGAGCCUGAGGCGAGGAGGAGAUAGAGAGAUAGAGAGAAGGGAGAUAGAGAGAUGUCGGAACCAGCCGCAAAUCCCGCCGCCACCUCGUUCCCAGCGCCGACCAUUUCUCUUCCUUUGGGAUUGGAAGUAUUGAGAACUUACUCUGGAGCCCUUGUCUGUUUAGAAAUAUUAUUUGGUGGUCUAGUAUGGAUCCUGGUUGCGUCCUCCAAUGUGCCCGUGCCUCUGCUGCAGGGCUGGGUGAUGUUUGUCUCCCUCACCACCUUCUUCCUCUCCUCCGCCUACCUUGCGCUCUUCGUCACCGGUCUGGCUGACCGCAUCAACACUAAUUGGAAUUUCUUGGAUGUGUUUUACCAUUUUUUAGCUUUGCUUUUCUACUUUGCUGCCUUUGUGCUGGAGGCAGCUACUACAGCAGCUAAUGGAGGAGCUUACGUCAAGCAACUGAAUAACACCAUUCCAAAUGUCAUGUGUAUAACCUACCCUCGGGGCAACAUAUUCACAGUCCUGAAUGACAACCAAUACAGUAUUAAUGUGGCUGCCACGAUAUUUGCAUUUUUGGUGACACUAUGCUACGGCUGCAGUAUGGUGAUGGGCUUCAAGAGGUGGAAGAUGUAACCGAGAGAAAACCAGUGCAAACUAGUUUUAUAACUGCUUCAUAACUUUAGCGUUUAUUAUUAAAACAAGGGCCACACCAUCCAGAGCUCCAUGGAGGGCACUGCUAGUCUGUUCAGUGCAGCCUUUGUUAUUUUCUGAUGGGACACUCAGGUCAUCAAAGGAAGAA